AUGGAGUUCCUGGAUGCAACCAUCAAUAGUUAUUCAGAGAUUUUGCUUGGACCAAGAGAUCCCAGAGUAAAGGGAUGGCUUCUUCUGGACAAUUAUAUGCCUACCUUCAUCUUUUCAGUCCUAUACUUGUUAAUAGUAUGGAUGGGACCAAAAUACAUGCAGAAUAAACAGCCAUAUUCUUGCAGGGGAAUUCUAGUGGUUUAUAACCUUGGACUUACGCUGCUGUCUUUCUAUAUGUUUUAUGAGUUGGUGACAGGAGUGUGGGAAGGCGGUUACAACUUCUACUGCCAGGAUACACACAGUGGUGGCGAUGCAGACAUGAAGAUCAUCCGAGUCCUCUGGUGGUACUACUUUUCAAAACUCAUUGAAUUCAUGGACACCUUCUUCUUCAUUUUACGAAAGAACAACCACCAGAUCACCGUUCUGCAUGUCUACCAUCACGCCUCCAUGCUGAAUAUCUGGUGGUUUGUCAUGAAUUGGGUGCCUUGUGGUCACUCCUACUUUGGAGCCACAUUGAACAGCUUCAUUCACGUCCUUAUGUAUUCCUACUACGGCCUGUCUGCUAUUCCUGCCAUGCGCCCUUAUCUGUGGUGGAAGAAAUACAUCACCCAGGGACAGCUGGUCCAGUUUGUGUUGACAAUCAUUCAGACCAGCUGCGGUGUUGUGUGGCCCUGUUCCUUUCCGAUGGGUUGGCUGUACUUCCAGAUUUGCUACAUGAUUUCUCUCAUUACCCUGUUCACAAACUUCUACAUCCAGACGUACAACAAGGCAUCGGCCCGGAGGAAAGACUAUCAGAAUGGCUCUGCUCUAGUCGUGAAUGGGCACACAAACAGCUUUUCUUCCCAUGAGAACAACGUGAAGCCGAGAAAACAAAGGAAGGAUUGAAGACAGAGCUUUUUGCAAUCCCUGAAAACAAAAAUCAUCUGAUUGUAAGCACAAUAUGAGUUGUGCACUGAUACUCUAACGGCUACUGUAACUAUUCCUGCCUACAAUAGUGCGAUUUUUCUGUAGGACUUAACCAGUGCAAACACCCUAGAACACGUAUAAAAGAUAACAAAAGUAGGCUAAAGAUUUUAGUAAUUAUGGGCUCUCGUUGACCCUGGUAGAGACUGUGGAAGGGAGUAGUAUUGUAGUAUAUGACACUGCUGUUGCCUUAUUAGUCAAUAUGAUAGGUGCUGAAUUGUGAUUCACAAUUUCAAAACACUGUAAUCCAAACUCAUAUUUUUUACUGUAGAUUAAGCAUGUGAUUAUAAAUGUAAAUUUGUAUGACAUUUCAGUAGAGAUAAACACACAUGCCUUAAGAUUUAAAAAGCAGGGCCCAAAGCUUCUUGUUAAUUUAAAAGUAGACUGCGUCUAUAGGUUUGGGUUUUUAGUUUGUUUUAAAUAGUUUCAUUUAGAGAAGAUCAUGAUGGAGAAGAUGAGUAAAUCCAGUGGCUAGUACACACUCAAGGGAAAGCAGAAAUGGCCACUUUCCACUUUAGUAAUAUUGGCUUUGAGCAAAUACAGUCCUGUUGGAAGAGCUGAUUGACCUUUUUAGCAGAUCUUAUUUUUUUAUUUUGAGUGCCGUUAACGUAAAAUAAAAUUGGUGUUCAAUCAGUCUUGAUAAGACUUAAAUAUAGCUUCUUUCUCUCUAAGUUUAUUGAGCAUCCAGGGUAGAUCCACCGUUUGUAAUUUCCAAACCUCUCUCUACAUGCUAAGCUGUUUUCAUAGUCGGGGACCAUGCCAGCUUCAUUUUGAGCACCUUGGGUAGGAGGCCUGCAUUUUCAAAAGCCGACUGGAUACUUCUGAUUUAACAUAGUCCCUGUAGAUAGAGUUAAAGAGUUAUUCUGUGACAUUUAAGACAAGGGUCGUGUUUAGGUUAGUUUCUAUAUUGCCCUCCGUUCAGAUGCAAAAUUGCUUUUAAAAAUGUGCCUAGUGUACCAAAAAAAAACCUUUCCAAACUUAAAAUAAUUAAGAAUAAUAAGGUAAAAUUAAACAGGUAGCUGCAGUAUGAGAGCUUUGAAAUUUGAUGAAGAUGAUUAUUUAGGGUAAGUCAUCUAGAACUAUCGCCAUUUUUCUGCUUGGUAUAUCACAAUUUGUUUAGAACUGCUCAUUUAAAAUUAUAUACCAUUUACUCAAUAGAACCCUUGCCUCGCACUUGAGUCAGUGGUAAAACAGGUAAGAGCUAAUAUGUCAUUUAUAGUGUUGAAAUAUAUCUGAUGAAUACUUUACUCAUUGAACUAUGAGUCCAUUGAACCACUCACAAUGUCUUAGUCGUUAUUGAUCUAAGUGUGUAGACUAACCGUUGCGUUUGGUAUUUGUGUCUAUCGAGUUGAUCAUGCUUCAGUUUUGCACAUCUGUAUUUAGGGAACUGUUCAGUUCUCUUAUUAAUUGUGUGGGUUUGCUUUACUCUUCUUCGGAAGGAGACACAGCGUUUGUUUACAUUUAUCUUAUCCAAGCUAGACGUGUGGGUGUGUGCGUGUGUGCGCACUUGUGUGUGUGUGUGUGUUUUUAAGUAUUUGUCUUCAUUUCUAGGUACCAGUUUGCAAAGUCUUUACAUAUUUCAGUAGAGCAGCAGUAAUAUUCAAACUAGUGAUGUGUGCUAGAAAUCCAUAGCUCAUCUGGAUAUAUAUGCGUGUGUGUAUAUAUGUAUACACAUAUACACACACACACAUUGUCAAACGGUGUCAAACAUUAAUCAUUAAAACAUUUUUGAUUAUCUGUG